UACUACCAGCUGCUGGAGGUGGGGCCCAGCGCCAGCAAGGCCGAGAUCAAGGCCUCGUACCGCCAGCUGGCGCUCAGGCUGCACCCCGACGUCAACUCGGCGCCCGACGCGGCGCAGCGCUUUGCCGAGGUGGCUGGCGCCUACGAUGUGCUGUCAGACCCGGCCAGCCGCACGCUGUACGACCGCUUUGGCGCCGAGGGCAUGAAG